AGGAAGUGGGCAGAAUGAAGAUCGAGCUUUUUGCUGACAUUGUUCCGAAGACUGCAGAAAAUUUUCGGCAGUUCUGUACUGGUGAAUUCAAGAAGGACGGUGUUCCUGUAGGCUAUAAAGGCUGCACAUUUCAUCGGGUGAUAAAGGACUUCAUGAUUCAGGGUGGUGAUUUCGUCAAUGGGGAUGGCACUGGUAUCUGCAGUAUCUACAGGGGACCGUUUGCAGAUGAGAACUUCAGAAUGAAGCAGUCCGGCCCAGGACUCUUGUCAAUGGCAAACAGUGGACCUGGAACAAAUGGCUGCCAGUUUUUUAUUACCUGCACAAAGUGUGACUGGUUGGAUGGGAAGCAUGUGGUAUUUGGAAAAGUGGUGGAUGGUUUGCUUGUCAUGAGAAAAAUUGAGAAUGUACCAACAGGACCCAACAACAAGCCUAAGCUGCCCAUUGUCGUUGCCCAGUGUGGAGAGAUGUGAUGUAUUACACAUCAGAAAAGACAUGUGACCUUUGCUUUAAAGAAAACAGACAAGCCAUUUCGGACGACUAACUUAUCAUCAUCUCCAUUGCAAAUCGUGUCAUUUUUGUAUAGGUAAUUUUGUGGAAUUGCCUGAUUAUUUGUGAAAAAUUCUUGGUUGAACGAGUUUGUAAUUUUAUAUUGUACAAUGUAAGUCACAGCAAAAUGUGCAUGUUAGCACUCGACACUGGUUCAGAGCAGAUUUCACGAUUAGCUCAUCUUGACUAUCUUUUAUCGACAUUUGCAUUUAUGACCAAACUUGAACAUUCAAGACAGAAACAUGUAUUCUUUGUACAUUCUUUUAUUUUGAUCAGCCUUUAGAAAUGGCCUUAAGACCGUUGAGGGUUUUCUAAACCUUGUAACUUAAUAAAUGUUGACCCGUGUUUUGUUUUUUUUAAGUCAUUGUGUUACAUUCUUUAUUUCACUUCAGAUUCAGUGAGAAUUGAAAUCAAGAGAUGUUUCCUGAAUUGUCAAGGGCUUUGAGUUUAUGAUACUGAGCCAACACCUUAAAGGACACGCCACUUAAU